CGAGACAUGGAUUCAAGCAAGUAUUCUCUGGAUCUGAUUCUGGUUCCUGCUAGCCUUUUUCUCACUGUAGGAUACCAUGCAUAUACAUGGCAAUGCUCGAAGUUGAAGAAGCCGGUAACGAGUACUGGGCUAAAUCUGAUGAAGAGAAGAGCUUGGCUUGCUGAUAUUCUCCCUGCUGAUAGCAAAAAGGCCAUGCUGGGAGUCCAAAGCUUAAGAAACUUCCUAAUGUCAGCCAUACUAUCAGCAUCCAUAGCAAUCAUACUCAACUCAUGCUUAGCAGCAGUGGCCAACAACACAUACAAAUACAGCAAUCUCCUCCAAAACCCAGUUUUCGGUUUGCAAACUGGAAAUCUUCUUAUCCUCAAAUACGCCUCAGUUUCGCUCCUCCUGCUCUUUAGCUUCUUGUGCAGUUCGAUAGCAGUUGGGUGCAUCAUUGAGGCUAGCUUUCUUAUAACUGCAUCUGAGGAGUUGGUUUAUAUGGCUCAGGCUGAGAGGAUGUUUGAUCGAGGUUCAGUGCUGGCAAUUGUGGGAAAUCGCGUGCUUUACAUUGCGAUUUCGUUGCUGCUUUGGGUUUUUGGUCCUGUGCCAUUGGCUAUAUCGUCGGUUGGCAUGGUUUGGGUGUUGUAUAAUCUUGAUUUUUCUGGUGUAUGUUGAUGUGUUUUAAUCUUUCUUCAUGUAUAAUUUCCAGUGUAUCUAAA